AUGCCCUUCCGUACCCCUGUGUGUCCUCAAGUGUCCCUACCUUCCCAUGGGUUCGUGUGCCCCCUGUGUGUGUUGUGUGGGGGGUUUGUGACCGCAUGCUUUGAGGCCAAGAUGAAGCCAGGUGGGCUGUGUCCCCCGGGCGAUGGGCGUGCGCUGCCCCCCGGUGAAGGGGUGGGGAUGCCCCACAAGCUGUCUGAUGCCUGUGCCCAGUUCCCCAAGGGCCCGGUCACCCCUAGGGAGGGUCGGGCCUGCCUCACCCCCGACCUGUAUGAGGAGGGCAGGCAGGGCAGCCAGCCAGCCCACAGUCCCCUCAACGGCCACCUGGGGCAGGAGGCGCUGCUCAAUGGGGCCUUCCACCGGGACUGCCAGGUGCUGUCCCCACCCCAGAGUGAUGACGGUGAUGAGGACAGGGCACAUCCCUCCCCUGUGGGACCCCGGCCCAGCACUGUGAGGCCACAGGGUGCCCCCAAUGCCCCUGCUGCUGCACCCCCGACCCUGCCCAGCAUCUGUGGCAAGCGUUUCGAGCAGCUCACUGUCAUCACUGCUGAACCCCGGGGCCGGGGCAGCACUCCCCCAACCAACCCCACUGCCCCCUCCCCUGGGAGUAGCGCCUUGUGUAGCCCCAGCCCAGGCCAGCAGGGAGCUGGCCUGGGGCGAGGAGUGGGUCUCACCUCCCCGCGGGGGUGCAAGGGUCAGCGGGGCCGCAGAAAGUGUUCCCUGGAGGAAGUGAUGAGCAAGCUAUACAGUCGCCACGGCACACACACCCAGGCCGGCCACAACGCCCUGCAGAACUUCCCCCUCACCGACCGCCUGCUGGGUGUGCACCAGGCGCCCCCCAGGACGGGUGAGGGGGCUGGUGACAGGACAGUGACGCUUCCUCCCCACCACCCAUCUCCCACCACCCCCGCCACCAGUGUGUGUGAUAGCAGCAGUGUUGCACUGCUGCCGGCCAGUGCUCCCGUGGGACAGGCAGUGCAGGGGCCAGGGCUCAGGACUUCCCGGCAGGACACGUCCCCUGCUGCCCCAAGUGUGAGGACCCCCAGUGUUGUGAGUGACAGUGCAGCGGGUGUGGCGGGGCCGGCUGCUGCUGCCACUGCUGAUGUGGAAGGCUCACCCCACGGUGUGCCAGAUGCCUCACCCCCCUUACCCAGGCAGGAUGCCCCUCAGGACACACAACACCCCACAGACACAGACAGAGACACCCCCAGUGGCCCAGACAGAGGGGUAGCUCAUGCCCCAGCAGUGCUCAACCCGCCAGCGUCUACCACAGGGCACACCAGCUGCUCCCCUCCCCCUGAAGACACCCCAGCUUGUGGUGGGGCCACCGCUGUGUCUGGCGGGGCUGAUAUUGGUGGUGGGGUGGAGGAGGGGAAGGGGGAGGGGGAGAGGAGCACAGCAAGCCCAGUGGAAGAGCCAGGCAGUGGCCGCAGCAGCAGUGUGGAGGUGCUGGAGGGGGACGGUGCCUGUGGUUCCCAGGCCAGUGAGAGUGACAUUGAGGUGCUAUUUGAUGGCACAGACGACGAGAACUCCCUGCUGACGUCUGACCUUUCCUCUGUGUCUGGGGCGCUCAGCAACUCCAAUACCCCCAUGUUCUCUGACACGCCCUCCGACGCCUCCCGCGGGGCACUGAUGGUGAAGAUAUCCGACGCUGUGGCAGCAAUACUUUCCGACGUGUCCGACGACAGCCUGCCGGACUCCCCCCUGGCCAGCAGCUCCAAUUCCACUGACGGCUUCCCCUCAGCGCGACAGCAGGCGGAUCGACUCAGCAGGAAGAUAUCCAGCAUCUGUGACAAGCUGGAGCAGGACUGUGGCAGGGAGAGCUGCCUGGCCCCCAACCCAGCCCCAAGGCCACCACUGGAAGUGGUAGGGCUAAGCAGUGACAGCAAGGAUGGCAGGACUAGCCCCUCUUGUGCCCCAUGCCAGCCCCAGCCCCCCGCACCACAGACAGUGUUUCCCCCGAUACAAGAACAAGCAGGGCCAGGCACAGAGGCAGGGGCUGAGAGUGUGGUGCCCAGUGACCCAAGUGACUCAGCCCCACAGCCACCCAGCAGUGCCCCAGCCGUGCCCUGCACCCCGUCUCCAGAUAGUUUGACGGAGGGCCCUGGGCUGCUCCCACAUGUACCUCACACUGACCUAGCCCCAGCAGGCAGUAGUCCCCCAGGGCCCCAGGCAGAGGUUCCCCCAGAGUGUCCCAUCCCCCAGGGACAGCAUUCCCUCACACCAGACCCUGCAGGCUUCACCACACCACAAACACCUGCCACCCCAAAGGAGGAGGGAGAGAAGGAGGCUGCUCUCUCAGGAAAGAGACACGUGUGA